UGGGUUGUUAGGGACAUCCUUCAAACGAACAUCAAAGGACAGUGCCAAGCAACACUAACUUGUAGCAGACUGGUUAAUUUCCUUUCAUGUCCUUAAUAUCUAGUCUUCUAACAAUGAAACAACCUGCUUAUUCUGGUCGUCAUUUAAGGUCGUUUUUAAUGUCACUCGUUAUGCAUUAUUAAGUCAUGUAAUAGAUCAGUCAUCUUUUCAAGACUGAACAAUAUGAUCCACUUUGGUGUGAAACCACUUUUUGGAGGGGAAACGGUGAGAAGCAUCCAGAAGAAAAACCAAACAAAAGUGCCCCACUUGAAGGAUUACUUGCAACAUAGGGACUUCCUUGGGGCCCUGACACUGUUGGAGUUUCAGAGAAGUAUUGGAGAGAAUGUGAAGCAUGCCGACCUCUGGAUUGGCUACUGUGCCUUCCACUUAGGUGAUUUCAAAAGAGCUAUGGAGGAAUACCAGUCUCUGACCAGAGACCCUGAAUGUCCUGCCGAGGUGUGGGCCUAUUUAGCCUGUUCCCUCUUUUUUCUUGGGCUCUAUAAAGAGGCUGAGGAGGCUGCGUGUAAGGCUCCAGUGUCCCCCCUCCAAAACAGGCUGCUCCUCCACUUGGCUCACAAGUUUAACGCUGAGAAAAACCUGAUGGAAUUUCACAAGAACCUGAAGGAUACUAUAGAGGACAAUCUAAGCCUGGCAUCCAUUAACUACAUGCAUUCCCACUACAAUGAAGCUAUAGAUAUCUAUAGACAACUUGCACUGCAGAACGGAGAUUCCCCAGCCCUGAACAUGUACGUGGCUUUGUGCUACUACAGGCUGGGCUACUAUGACAGGUCCCUGGAAGUCUUAAAUAUGUACUUGCAGAGCAUCCCUGACUCCACCAUUGCCAUUAACCUCAAGGCCUGCAACCACUUCAGGCUUGACAAAAGUAGGGCAGCAGAGGCUGAGUUGAAGAACCUGAUCAAUUCAUCCUCCUGCUCCUUUCAGUUUGCUAAGGAGCUUAUCCAACACAACCUGGUGGUGUUUUGUGGUGGGGCGGGGGCAUUGCAGAUGUUGCCACCAUUGAUCAAUGUGAUCCCCGAGGCCAGACUCAACCUGGUCAUCUACCAUCUCAGACAAGAUAAUUCCCAAGAAGCUUACAACCUCAUCAAAGAUUUGGUCCCCACCACACCUCAGGAGUACACUUUGAAAGGAGUGGUGAAUGUCACAUGGGGACGAGAAAAUGGAUCAAGGGAUCACUUGAAAAUCGCACAGCAGUUCUUUCAGCUGGUCGGAGGCUUGGUCACCGAAUGCGACACUGUUCCUGGCAGACAGUGCUUAGCAUCCUGCUUUUUCCUCUUGAGACAAUUUGAAGAUGUGCUCGUCUAUCUUAACUCAAUCAAGAGGUACCUUUAUUAUGAUGAUACCUUUAACUUUAACUAUGCACAGGCUAAAGCAGCCCUUGGCUACUACAAAGAAGCUGAGGUCAUUUUUCAGCUUGUUCAAAGUGACAAGAUCAAGAAUGACUACAUUUACCUCAGCUGGCUGGCACGAUGCUACAUCAUGAACCAGAAGGGCCAGCUUGCCUGGGAGCUUUACCUGAAGAUGCGCACCUCCUCUUAUUCCUUUAGUUUCCUGCAGCUCAUCGCCAGCGACUGCUACACGAUGGGCCAGUUCUACUAUGCAGCCAAGGCGUUUGAUGCACUUGAGAAGCUACAACCAGAAUCCAACUACUAUGAGGGAAAGAGAGGGGCUUGUGUUGGCGUCUUCCAGCUCAUCCUGGCAAAUAAGGAGCCUAAGGAGACACUAAAGGAGGUGGUCCACCUGCUGCAAAACUCUGGCAACCCACAGGUUGAAUACAUCAUCCGAACUUUGAGGAAGUGGGCCAAAGACAAUGGAGUCAUCCUCUCAUAAAAGUCGUCAUUAUUCACCGCACUAUAGGCCUACAUAAAGUCGUUAGACAACUCAAUGUUGUUUGACAGGUUGAAAUUAGUUUGUGGGCAAAGGCGUUUGUUGGGCUAAAAACGCUCCUCUUUCUCUUACUGGCCUGGACAUGAUCCAGCAUUGAUCCAUUUAAAAUUGGCAACUACAACAUAAAUAUAAGAAUUUGUGCCAAACAAACAUUUUUUUUUAUUAUUGCUAUUAUCAAAGGAAUUGCAUUUGCUGCUGGUGCAACUACACCCUGACACAUUAGAGUAUUUUAUUACAAAUCAAAAAGAAUACAACAUUUCUGUCAUGGGGCCUAAACCUUUUCAGCUGUAACAAACAUUGGUUAUGAUAUUAAAGAAUUUAAAUGUG